AUGACGGUGAAUACCCCUGCUAGCAAUGAUGACACUGAAUUUGAAUCUACACCUAUCCCUGGGCCACCAGGCGCAACGACCGAUAAUACCUUGAGACAGAUGAUGAUGACAGAAUAUAUGAGAAGGCUGGGCCCCAACGGUAACUACGCCUGCCUGGUGACAAGGCCGGCAGGGCUGAGCUUAUCUGACGCAAAGAACAGAUCAUGGAUAGGCCUUUUUCAGAUUGAUGUGGCUCGUGCACUGGCAGCACAGUUCGUGACGGGCCAUGUUCAUGGAGACUUUCAUCGCGGAAACAUCCUUUUCCAGUCCCAAUUCAACUUCGAUAAGUUAUCCACUAAGGAGCUAUACGACCUGUAUGAGGAACCGGGACUUGAACUAGUCGAUCAUAGGAUAGCCAAAUGCCUCUGCCAGGGUCCCAAAUCAUGCCAUCCUACCUAUCUGGCUUGGGGAAUCAACAACGGCAGAAUGAGGAGGAUGUUGCCACUCGAACAGAGUGAUCGAGAUGCCCUCUUGGCCAUGUUGCGUCCGAUGCUUUCUUUCAGCCCUGAGAAUCGUUCAUCUGCUCAGCAGGUUCUUGAAUCGGAAUGGAUGAUCGGCAAUUUUAUUAUUUUAGUGGUUGAGAUCCGUUCGAUUUGUCAAGCUCACUUUGUGACGCGUGAGCACACUCUCAGCGACGCCACGCAAGUCCAAGAUAAAGGUCUCAUUGCAGCCUCAGUGUCCACAAAAAUAGAAACAUUUAGGACUUUCUCAAGAGCCCGGAAAAAUCAUUAA